CGCGCGCCAUACGGUCGGCGGCGCCCUCGCCGUUCAGUCACUGUCUGACUACGAGGGAAUGAGUGUUGUCAUUUCGUUCGCGGUCUGCUACGACCGCAUCACUAAUAUUUAUACCUAAUUCGCAAUCGACACCGCUCACAUUAAUGAACUAUUUAGACUGUAGACUUCUUAUUACUUCACGAACCCGGCUUCAAAGUUGACGUGUGAUUGUUUGGCCCAACUGACAGUGUGCGUGUUGUGCUUUAUCGAUAAUAUAACCUGUAAGACUUCAAGGGCACGGACAACUUUGUGCUUUGGAUGCGGUGUAAGAAGCUGUUCUAGGGAUUUUGGCCUUGUCGGCUGUUGCUCUUUUAUAAAAUGUAAGUGGGCGUAUUCGAAAGUUUGAAAAUCGAUCGGGUGACGUGCGUGCGUGGGAUUGCGUUUACGUAAUCUUUGUUUACCUUGGGAAUAUGCACUGUGCUAACUGAUUACUCCGAUACACCUUUAAUUCCUUCAUCUUCGGCAAUUGCGGAAACACCGAUACCUUCUAACGGAUGCCGACAUUAUUUAUUGAGCGGGAAUAAGAUAUUAUUUGGAAUGGUCAAAGUUCCAAGUCACCGAAUACGGCCCCAAGCGUCCAGGGUGUGGGCGUGAGAUGGCACGAGCGGGCAUGCUGCACAGGGGUGGAAAAAAUGCUGCCGAAGGGUGCGACGACGUACAGCGUUCUCUGGAGCUGCUAGACCAAGUGCUCAGCGAAUACGACGAAGGCGAGCCGCGGUCGCUGGAGGCGCGCGCGCCACCGACCCCAGCGACGCCGGCCACGCCCGCCACGCCGGCCACCGACGACGACUCGCCGCUCGCCGGGCACACGUCUGAGGACGAUGGAUACAUGAGCAUGAACGGGAGACGAGCGAAGUUCGCCCUGGGGUUCAGACCGACAGAGGAACGUGAGGAGCCGUCGCCCCCGGACCCGCCUUCGCCGCACUCGCCACCACCUCCAGAAGAGGCAGAAAGAAUUAUUUCAACGUUGUUACCAAAAGUAUCGCCAGCGAAUUCCGCAAAACGAACCAUUUCAGUAGAACGACGGGACGCUGAAGAAAAAUUAGAUUCAAUUAUUAGCGUCAAUGGUAUAACUGCAGCUACUCAGACAACAUUUCCGAAAACAAGACACCAGCGGCCAUAUGGAUGGGAUAAGGAUGACUCGAAUAAUUUUCAGUUACAACAACCAUCAGUACCACCUUUCAAAUUUAGUUCUCUUCAGCACGGUACGAGACCACCACAACCUGAUGGCAUACCUGCGUGGCUUCCACCACGACAUGGAAUGCAACCUACCGUAAAAAAAUCACCUAGUCUAGAAAAUCCACCAAUUUUCCCGUUCAUGGGAUUUUCAAGUGAAUUUAAUGAUAAACCAUAUAAUGAACACCCUGUCACAAUUUAUCCAGGGCCGAGUAUACAAUUCAGUAGACAAUCACAUUCACCCACAUACAAAAUAUCACCGUCCAAUAUUAAACUUGUAGAUAAAAAGAGCAGUUCCAAACGAGACAGCAGAUCUGACGAUGAAAUUUUGUCCCCAAAAACAAAAAUACCUCCGCGAACUCUCGCCGGUUCUAUGGAGCGACAUAGAGAAGUGUGUAGAGGAUCUUCGGAGAACAUUAUGGAAAAUUGUAAGAUAAGAGGUUCGAAUAUAAGUAAUGACGACGAGCAUUUUUCGGAUGAUUCCUUAGAAGAGUUGUUCCCACCGCCGCCGCCAACCGCUAAUACACCUUCGAAACGUAAUUCCAUAGCUUGGGAAGUGUCUCUCGAUGGUGAUGAUCCUCUUCUUACUCCAGGAAGUACAAAGGUUAUAGGUAGACGCAGAAGGAAAUCUGGUGAUCAAUCACAUUCCAGUACAAGUUCGAUACCCCAACGAUUAGAUGAUGACUGGGGUGAAGAAUAUUGGCCUCCACCUCCCCCUUUAUCUCAAUGUGAUAGUCAAGCAUCGCCCCCCUCAGAUGCUGAACCAGAAACCCGCCGAGUUAAUAAUGACUUUGCGUGUGGCACGUACGUGAUAAGAAAAGGAAAAAAUCGUAAACAUUUACCAAGCUUCGCAAAAAGUCCUAACAAUAAAACUAACAUUACCAACAACUUAGCACAAACCCAUAGUCUAAAUAGGAGCACAGAAAAAUCUAUAGAUGGUUCUAGUAUAUCAAUAAGUGGCUCGGGUUCAGUUGGUUCAUAUAAUUCCAGACCAAGCUCUGAUUUAAGUUUACCUCAGUCUAGACAUAGCGUUGACUUAAAUUCUAGGUUGAGUCGAGAACUCAACACACCCAAUUCAAGAUAUAGUAUAGACUUAUGUACACCGAAUUCUAGAAUAAGUAAAGAAAUAACAUCUCCUAAAUCUAGGCUUAGUUUGGAUCUUAACAACAGUCAGGAUAAAUACAUCAAUCAAGACUUCUUUGCCCAUAGCCCGAAAGCCAGAAAAACACCCGAAAAGAGAGAGUCAAAAAGUAGUGGUAUUCAAAACAAACUAUCGCCACAAAAUAGAUUUACCGAUUUUAAAAAAUAUUCUUCCACGUUUGAUAAUAUUCAGUCAUUAAUAAAAGAGGGUAAAGUUGAAGAAACUCCUCCAAAUGAAUGUAAUGAAACGGUAAGCGAGCUCUCAACAGUUCCACCAAAUAUAGUGCGUGUGAUAUCAUUACCAGCACUGGGUGCAGAGGCGGAAAGUAACAGUGCAAGUAGGCAAGCGCUGAUAACUACAGUGGAAGAAGAAGAGGAUCAAGAAAGUGGAGAACCAGAAUCUAGUGGCGAAACUUCACCCCUAAGAAAAAUUGAAAAUAAUAUAAGUGCUAUAUUAAGUCAAGGUCGGGACCAAAAACUUUUUACCCCAUAUUUACCUAAAGACUGGAAUAUUCAUAAGGACGAAUACUGUGAUGAAGUAUCUAAAGAUAUAUUAGAAAACAGUUUUCGCUAUAGUUCUAGAGAGAGACAAAAGCGGCAUGAUAUACAGAAAUCAUCAAGUCAUAAUGAAAUCCAAAAUCAAAGAUCCAUAGAGCGGCGAGAUAGAUCGUCAGGAAGAAGAUCAAAUAGUAUGCACAAAUCCACAAGUGCAAAGGAUGUGCCAGUAAAUUUAAUGGGUCAACCUUCCUCAUCUGAUUCUGCAGUGUCAAGCGGAGGUGAUUUUCCGUUAAAUGUACAAAUAGUUGAACAUUCAUAUAGACACAAUCAAUUACCGCUUUCUCCGAAUUUAAGCCAUGAAAGAGGUCCUCUGCCACAAACACCUGAAUCGCCAAAGUUUCCUCCUUUACCUCCAUCCCCUGUACAAGAAGUUGAAGAUGAAUAUACAGAAAUAAUGCAACCAACAGAAAGAAGACACAUUAAAAAAGCUGACACACUUCCUACCCCAACAAUGGAGUCAAGAAGAAGACCCUCGGAACCACCUGCAGUACCACCACAUAGAGAUACCACAAACAGUCUAAAAACGAGAUCAAUGGAAACAAGUUACAACAAAAAUAGGCGAAAUAGUAACUUUAAAAGUGGGUCAACAGAUAGAAGAACUUUACCAACAGACACCGGAGCUAGUGGGGCACGUCGCCGCACAUUACAGAGACAGAACCGUGAAGUUUCUGGUCGAGGACAACUACAAACGUCGGCAAGCCUACCGGAGACACCUGUAUUUGCGCGUGGCUGUGACGUACCCCGCACACCACCUAGAAAUUCCACUGGACCACCUAGAAAUAACACAAUGAAUUCCAUGCAAACUAUAGGAAGUAGUGCGACACUGGGCGGUUAUGGUCGAGGGUCCGUGAUGGGUGCAACCGGCGUGUGCACGGGCGCUGAUCUUCUGAGACUGGGUGGUCCGCCGAGAGGCUGGUACCCACGGCAAAGGCACCGGCCGGCAUCAAUCGAACAUCUGGACAGAAUCUCAGCAUCAUCAAAAAUGGCGGCUGACCAUCCUAUAGCGUGGGAUAAUUCGGGGGCCCGCAAGCCUCUCACUUUACCCCCAAAUUUAACGCCUAAAUUCUUUCAAAAAUCACCCAGAGAGGCUCUACGGAGAGUCACGAGCUUACUAAUACGAAAAGGAAACAAUGGGAAGGAAAAGGAAAACACUCGAAACAAGGAGGCAACUUCACCUGCAGCUCGCUCAGCAAACGGUGAAGACCAUCCGGGACAGAAGCAACGAAAAGGAUUUUUUAGAAAUCUUUGGAAGAAAUCGCGACAUUACUCAUUAGAGCAUCCGUGAUUUCAACAAAAAAUGGGUGGUCAUUAAACUAAGGCUCGUGUCCGCUCCCUUCGAACGGCACCAUUCUAACCGCGCACAACUACCAUUGCUAUUUUAAUUUAUUCAAAGUAUAUAUUAAUAUAUUGUUAAUAAUAUUAAGCGUUAAAAUUUUAACUGAUAGUAUACACGUGUGAAUGUGGCUUUUGAAUUAUGGAAUGUGUAGUUGUAUGUGGGCUUAUGUAGGUACCUAAGUUCCGACACGUAUUAAUUGUUAAACUAACUGUAUAGAUGAUCAUAUAAAUCGAUUAUAAUAACAAUUCGUAAAUUAAUUUAUUUCUAAGGCAAUAAACAAUUUUUAGGCAACUAAAAUUUUCCUUUCAAUAAUAUAGUACUGUAGAAAUGUAGAUAAUAACCACGUAGAAUUUUAUGUAAGUCAAUGUUUUUGUUUCUAAAAAUGUUCUUUUUAUAAAAUACCAUGAUUUAUAAUAAAAUUCACAUCGUAUACAUAUUUGUAUUUACCACAGUUAUCGGCACAAAUUUUUAUAAGUUUUAAUAUAUGUACUAUUUUUGUCGUAGAAUUUAGGCUUAUAAAAUGAACCUUGUAUUGUGUAAUUUCUAAGAACCAAAAUCUUUUUUGAAGACUACAAGUUUUAACAUUUUAUACCAAUUCUUGUAUUCGAGUGUACUUAACUCUAUUAUUAUUGUAGAUUUUGUCAAAGGAAAAUAAAUUAUGUUCAUUAGCAAA